AUGGCAAAAAUUGUGGAUUUCCAAUGGCAAAUUCCAAUUCCAGAUGUUUUGCUACUCGGGGAGUAUUUCGACAGAUGGGAAGAGGAGAUAGGGGUCUACGAAGCCGGCUGCAUGGUCAAAGUGGAUGAGUUCGGUUUCUUCAUUCAUUGGAAGAGCGACGGAAGAGAGGGCCAAGUGAUAGAAUGCUCACAAGUCAGUGACGUCAGAGCCGGACCCGCUCCGAAGGAUACAAAAAUUGCCAGUGAAUUGGAAUCACACGGAGUUGGGACCCUGGAACAGCGUACGAUCACAGUGUGCUCUGGCUUGGAUCUCGUUAACAUCACCUACAAUAACUUUGUGGCUGCCAAUUCUAAAAUAGCUAACGAAUGGAUAGAGGGCUUGAAAAAGGUCACCCACAAUCUGAAGGCCAAUAACGUCUGCCCCAUGACCUGUCUCAAGAAACAUUGGAUGAAGUUGGGCUUCAUGGUGAAUACCAAUGGCAAGAUACCUGUUAGGAGUGUCUCAAGAACAUUUGCGUCUGGGAGGACGGAGCGCCUAAUAAUGCAGAGUUUAAAAGAUCUGGGAUUUCCCAGUGGGAAAAACGACGAGAUAGAGAUGGACUCGUUCACAUUUGAAAAGUUCUACGAACUCUACCAUAAGAUCUGCCCUAGGACCGAUAUUGAGGACCUCUUUAAAGAUAUGUACGUUGCUGGGAACUCCAAGACGCUCGCUUCAUCACAGUUCAUUGAAUUUCUUAAUAAUAAACAGCGAGACCCGCGUCUGAACGAAAUUUUGUUCCCGCCAUUCGAGAAGAAAAGAGUACUUCAGAUUAUUGAUAUGUAUGAAACAGACGAGAAAUUGAAGAAGCAAGAGGUAAUAUCGCUGGACGGUUUCUGUCGGUACCUAAUGUCCGACGAGAACGCGCCGGUUUUCCUGGACCGACUCGAUAUAUACGCCGACAUGGACCAGCCACUAUCGCACUACUACAUCAACUCCUCACACAACACCUACCUUACCGGAAGACAAUUUGGCGGGAAAAGUUCGGUCGAAAUGUAUCGGCAGGUUCUGCUGGCCGGAUGUAGAUGCGUAGAGCUGGAUUGUUGGGACGGUAGAGGGGACGACCAGGAACCCAUUAUAACCCACGGCAGAGCCAUGUGUACGGAUAUCCUCUUCAAAGAUGUCAUCCAGGCCAUUGCAGAGACGGCGUUUGUCACUUCUGAGUAUCCUGUUAUAUUGUCGUUUGAAAACCAUUGCAGUAAACUGCAGCAGUACAAGUUGGCAAAAUAUUGUGAGGAUGUCUUUGAAGAUAUGCUGCUCAAGAGGCCGCUCGAAGGAUAUUCAUUAGAAUCCGGAUUGCCACUGCCCUCGCCGAACCGACUGAAGAGAAAAAUUUUGAUCAAGAACAAGAGACUGAGAGCCAGCAUUGAGAAAAAACAGUUGGAGUUAUUUUACCAGGGGUCUGAAAAAUUCAUCUUGGACGACGCGGACAAUCCUGAUGAUCACGAGGGACCCCUCGUUGAGGGGGAGGAUUCCACCUUAGGAGGGGGUAUGUAUGGGUUAGGGCAGGACUCGUCAGCGGACGAUGACGUCAUGAUGCAGUCGGCCAUCUUGGAGGAUGACCUGAAGACGUACAUGACAAACGCCAGCAAGCACUACCCCAGCGCAACCACUAACAUCCACCCCUACCUCUCCGCCAUGGUCAACUACACGCAGCCAGUCAAGUUUCAAGGGUUCGAUGUGGCCGAAGAGAAGAACUGCCACUUCCACAUGUCCUCAUUCAACGAGUCUGUCGCUCUAGGCUGUCUCAAGCAAUACGCCGUAGAAUUUGUUAAUUACAACAAGCGCCAAAUGAGUAGAAUAUAUCCGAAAGGGGGCAGAGUUGAUUCCAGUAACUACAUGCCUCAGAUAUUUUGGAAUGCCGGCUGUCAGAUGGUUGCGCUGAACUUUCAAACACCUGACCUCGCCAUGCAGUUGAACCAGGGAAAGUUUGAAUACAAUAAAAAUUGCGGCUACCUCUUGAAGCCGGACUUCAUGCGGAGGAAGGACAGAAUCUUCGACCCAUUCUCAGAGAGUCCCGUGGACGGUGUCAUCGCUGCUCACUGCUCUAUACAGGUAAUUUCGGGACAGUUCCUAUCGGACAAGAAGGUGGGGACGUACGUGGAGGUGGACAUGUACGGACUGCCGACGGAUACCAUAAGGAAGGAAUUCCGGACGCGGACCGUGCCAAACAAUGGCCUCAAUCCCAUUUAUAACGAGGAACCUUUUGUCUUUAGAAAGGUCGUACUACCCGACUUGGCUGUGUUGAGGAUUGCUGUGUAUGAAGAGGCGGGAAAGCUGAUUGGUCAGAGAAUUCUGCCACUAGAUGGGCUGCAAGCCGGGUACCGCCAUAUUUCCUUAAGGACUGAAGGAAACUUUCCACUUUCAUUACCUACUGUGUUCUGUAAGAUUGUCUUGAAGACCUACGUCCCUGAAGGAUUUGGAGAUUUUGUAGACGCCCUUUCUGCACCCAUACAGUUCAUGACGCAGGCUGAGAAACGCGCCAAACAAAUGGAAGGAAUGGGGAUUGAUGAAACGGACAUCUCUGAAAUAGGCGGCCUAUCUAAAGCGAACAAGAAUGUCGGUUCAUCGAGUACAGGAGCACUUAAUUCCGUCAGUACUGAGAAGAAGGAUAAGAAAGGUGGUGCUGAUGCUGCUGCUGCUGCUGCUGAUGAUGAUGAUGAUGGUGACGACCUGGGUUUUGAGGCCAUCCAACUGGAUACUCUGAGAGCCGAUAAGCAAUUUUGCAAGCUGCUGAAGAAACAGUUCAAAGAUAUCGAAAAUAUAGGUAAGAAGUUCUCCAAAGAACGGACUACGGUUUACAAAUUUCAUUGCUCGGCCGUUGAGAAAGCACUGUCCGAUAACGAUAAGGAAAAGACUCAGCUGGAAAAGAAAUCAUCGUCGUCGUCGUCGUCGUCGUCAUUCGCUGGCGGAAGUAGUGGCAAGAAGAGUGAAGACGUCAAGACUCCUGAAAGCGCACAAGAUGCGCAAGUUACUAAUCUACUGGAGAAGCAUAAGUUAAAAGUAAACGAGUUGGUCAGCGAGCAGACAAGAGAGUGGACUGAUUUGAUAUCGAAACAAAUGCUGGAAGAGCAUGAGCUGAAGCAGCAGCACAUCAAACAGCAGCACGAGAUGCUGAACAGCUUGCUGUCCGACGCCCAACAAGGCCAGAUUAAAGAACUUGAGGCCAGGCAUGAAAAGGAGAACAAGGACAUGAAGCAGAGGCAGACGAAGAUGUCUAUCGAAUCCGGACGAUCCCUUAUGAAUGAUAAGAACAUCAAGAUGAAGGCGGAAAAGGAUAGACGCAUAAGGGAGUUGAAUGAGAAUAACAUGAAGAGAUUCAUAGAAGAGCGCAAGAAGCAAAUACACACUCAGUCCGCCCAAAUGGAUAGGCUGAAGAAGAUGCACCUUGAACAACAAAACGCGCUCAAUAGAGAUGUUGAAAAAGUGGUUAAGCUCUGCUACGAGGAAGAUAAAUUAGCCCAGAAACCGGAAGCUGCUGUCUAAUUUAAUUGAUUUUAAUUAAUUAAAAUUAAUUAAAUUAGUUAUUUAUUUAUUAAUUUAUU